AAGAAUAAGUUAAAUAUCACCCGAUCCAUGUACUCACACUGUUUAUAACAUUCUACAAAGCGUAUCUAUAUCCACACUUAUUCCGUAAUAUAUGCAUAGUUAACCCUCUUACUUACAAUUUCUGCACGUUAUCACACAAAUAUUUACUAUCUACAAACGUUGUGCAAAACGUGUUAUUAUCACAUCCUGCACCGUUAGGUAUCUGUGACAAAGAAAUUCCUUUCGUUGCUCGCUGGAAAAUCAUAUCAGGAGUAAAUAGGAGGCUGUUAUCAAAUGUUUGUCGUUUCCACCAUAUUUAUGCAAUUAUGCGUCUAAAGUAUAAUCACAUAUCGUGCACCUCCCUAGCAAGAAUGAAAGAUUGGCGCCUAUGACAUUACUUUCUAAUUCGCAUUCCAGGAAAUAAUCGCAUCUGAUUUCGAAUUGAUUAUGAACCAUAAGCCGGUAAUGUAGAACGGUGGGAUAAAACAUUAUAGUCCGUUAAAUUUCAGUCUAAAAAGCGAUGCCAAGCAUUUCCAACUUUCUUUCAGCUAAAGUCUAUUCCGUAAAGGAUUUUUAAAGUUUAAUCUUGCAGGAGAAAUUUCCUUCAUUAUUUUGCGUAGUUGAAAAAAUUUGGAAAUGCAGUUAUUAUGAUAAAAAAAAUUAAUAGAUAUGUAUAUACAUAUAACAAAAUAAUGUAAUAAAUCUGAAAAUAUUAUAUAUUUAUAAUUUUUUAUUAAAGAUUAACGAGAAUAUGAAGAAAAAACUAUUUCUGAAGUGACCAAGCUUUGUGUUUGAUUCGUGCGCGUUUCCAGUGAAGCGGAGAAAUGAUUUCAGCGGGGCGAUGCACGAUAAGCAGUGCAAAUUUGUCAUGACGGUAAAACCGUGGUGAAAAAUUUACGCGUUAAAAUAUUAGCUUAGGGCUAAGAGCACGACGCCAUCCUUUUUUCGGCGCAAAAAUCUAUGUCUCUCAUGGAGGGGUUAGGUACGGUGUUGCAGGUCGUUUACCCAACAACAAGUAAUAUGAGUAUAAAAGGACGGUGGAGUCGUGGCAGGCGACUAUUUCGUUAAAAUACCUCAGGAUGCAGCCGCGAACAUUCUGCUUUAUUGCCGUUUUCGUUGGUUACACCGUGUUUGUGUACUCCGCCCUCGGUACACCGGUCGCGGUCACAGAGGCAGCCACGUCGGAAGAACAAAAGAUUCUCCUCGAUUGUCAGCACUCGGAUUACAGAACCUACAUAAAAUGCCUGCGGAGGCAAAAGAGACAUCACUCCUUACAUGGGGAUUACGAUCAUAAUUGUUUGGAGUCGUGCGUGAAGAAAUGCCAGACAGAAUACGUGACAGAUUCAUGUGACAAGAAAUGUGGUCAUUGUUUGAAGAAAACAAAGCAUAAGCUUCAAAUAAUCACAGAAUACGAAAACGAGUGCAUUUCUGGAAAUUGCACUGGAACUAGUAAAAGCAACGAUCAUUUAGGAAAUAAUAAUUUCACCACAAAUAUCGAAAUCCAUAACGUUAUUGGCAAUGGAAGUGGAACGUGUUGUCCUACGUGUCAACCACCAGUUCCGUGUGGUCAUGAGCCCCAGUGUUCUCCACAAACAUGUCCUCCGUAUUGGAAUCCUCCUCGACCUUAUCCGCAGAUUAUAACACAGCCUCCUUUAAUAACUACAGCCCCACAGCCUCCUUUAAUAACUACAGCCUCACAGCCUGUAGGAUUAGUCUAUCUAUUAACGUUUGGAUGUCAAUAUAUUAAUCAAUGGCCUUGCUCCGAUCAAUAUAUAAGAAAUCCAAUAGGGCCAAUUGAUUGUUCGGGUUGUUUAUAUCCACAGAUGCAGAUUAGGUGCGACGUGUCUUGUUAUAAUAUGGCGAUACCUAAGCAGUAUGGUGGUGGUGGCAUAAGUGGUACCGUCGGAUAAUAAGCAUAAAAAGUUCAAUAGUAUGUUAUUACGGAGCUAUAACAGCUAUAAAAGUAGAAACAUAGAAACCAAGAUAUAAUGCUUAUAAAUAUAUAAUAAAUAUAAAUAAGAUAUAAUUACAUUAAUUUAUG